UGUGUGUUAGCUGGGUGUGUACAUGCUGUAUAUUAAAAGAUCAGACUGGAAGAGGAGAUCAUGGAAGUGACUGAACUUCCAGAAGAAGUCUGGCUGCACGUGUUUCACUUUCUCUCCUAUUCUGAGAAAUGCAGCAUUCGCUCCAGCUGCACGUUUUUUAAAAGACUUAUUGAUCGUCCAGUUUUGUGGAAAAAUACCACCGUGCACCUUGAGAAACUCCGCUUCAUAAAGAAUCAUUUCUGGAGGACUCUGGGUAAUAGGAGGAUAAAGUCAGUUGUGGUGCAAAAAGCAGAUGAGAAGGAGUGGGCACAGCUGGCAUCGAGGCUACCCUGGCUUCAGUCCCUCACAGUAAAUGUGUGUUGUAGUGCACUUCAUUCACUCGGUGAUUUAAGACACCUGAAGCGGCUCGUACUGCGUCGGUGCUGCUGUCCGAGUCUAACAGCACUAACAUCACUGCACCUGCUGUCUGAUCUCUGUCUCUGUGAGGUGACUCGUGCACCAAGAUCCGACAUCAGUAAUGCUGUGUGCCAUCUCACUAACCUGACAUCACUUCACUACCAUGAGAGCAGGACACCCCUCUCUACAGCAGCCCUCCAUAAUAUUCUACAGUGCCUACCAAAUUUACAACACCUCUCUUUAAAAAUGGGAUCAAAUCAGUACCCUGUACCCAGUGAUUACUUCUGUCCUGCCCAAACAAACCACAUAUCUGAGAAUUUACUGUGCACCAUGGGGUCACUACUCAGCCUGGAACUGCUGAAUUACAUGGACCCUGUCCUCCCUCCUACAGGCCUGCAAGGUCUUACCUCCCUUAAAUGCUUGACUGUGCACUAUAGAGGCUGGGCUCAGGAACCAAAGCCAUGCCACCUCAAAACAUGGUUAUCAACACUUCCAGUCCUCUCCGAACUCAAUAUUUCAAUGGGAUAUCAGCUUGGCGUCUAUGCUAAAUCAGUGCCUGCAACAGUGCAUCGCUUGUCCCUCAAACAUGUGAUGGGAGAGCUCCAAGCUUUACAGGACGUGGCACUACAAGUUCCAGAUCUCCAGCACCUUCACCUGGACCUGUGCUUUCAGGAAAGACAAAGCCUUAUUGCUAAUGUUCCUAAGUUUUUUCCCAAGCUGCAGAGCCUGGCUGUUAGUGAGCACCCCACAGCCAAUCAGCGAGCUCCAACCGCCUACCCCUCCCACCCCUCCCUCACUGUGGAUGCGCGCAUGUCCUAAAGUCUCAGUUUUCAAGACAUCACAAUGUUCCAGAGGCAGAAUUUCUGAAACUUGCCAAGCUGACCAGUUUGAGGAGCUUAGUGAUUCUGGAUUCCAGCACAGACCCAAAUUCACCUCUGAAAGUUCUGACCUAUAAACUGCACAUUCAGACCAAUUACAGAGUUCAUGUGAUUCAUUUCUCAGAUCUAAAGGACCAAAGUGCUUGUUUUUGUGUAAACUAAACUGGUAAAUGUUGCUAAAAGGUGUAAUAAAUCAGUUAUGUAAAGGAGAUGAUAUGCUUUCAACUUUGCAGCAACAGUUUAGGGAAAGCCAUUUCCUACAGCAUGACCCUGUGCUUAAAGCAAGCUCUAUAAAGACAUUAAGAAAAGCUUGAUUUAAAGAAACUUCAGUGGCCUGCACAAAAAUAAACAGACAUACUUCAGUCUUGUGAGAAAUUGUUAUUGUUGUUAUUGCUGAAAGGAUCAUAUAGAGAUCACUCUACUCGUAUUUGAAAUGGGACCUGCUAAGCUCACUGUCAGGUGUCUAAAUGCUUUUGGCCAUAUAGUGUCACUGUGGUUAGUACCACUUAAAUAAAAGACAUUACAGGACUGUUUCAUCUUAAGUGUCAAAGACACAAUAGUAUUUGCAAAAGAAUACACUUUCAUUGUUGCACUUGAAUGAU